AACGAAAGAGAGAAACAGCAACUGCCGUUACUAGCACGCACGCCGAUCACGACUUCGGAUGAUAUAUAAUUCUAGAACCGCCGCAGCCUCUCGGUUUCACGUAAUUUGCCUUUCUCUCUAAUUCUCCGUCCCUCAACCAAAUUCAGUCAUUCGCUCAAUCUUCGUCAGUGGAAUAGAUCGAGCAUUUGAUUUGAGGUAUUAGGUGGGUUGGAUUCAUGGCAUCCAAACGGAUCUUGAAGGAGCUCAAGGAUUUGCAGAAGGAUCCUCCCACAUCAUGCAGUGCUGGUCCUGUAGGUGAAGACAUGUUUCACUGGCAAGCAACAAUUAUGGGGCCAAGUGAUAGCCCAUAUUCAGGAGGCGUGUUUCUGGUUUCUAUCCAUUUUCCUCCUGAUUAUCCUUUUAAGCCCCCUAAGGUGGCUUUUAGGACUAAGGUGUUCCACCCAAACAUUAACAGCAAUGGAAGCAUUUGUCUUGAUAUUCUGAAAGAACAAUGGAGUCCAGCUUUAACCAUAUCUAAGGUCUUGUUGUCCAUCUGUUCCCUGUUGACGGACCCCAACCCCGAUGAUCCACUUGUUCCGGAAAUAGCUCACAUGUAUAAGACUGACAGAGCGAAGUAUGAGGCCACUGCCCGCAGCUGGACCCAGAAGUAUGCCAUGGGAUGAUGUGCUACAUAAAACACCACUGGCUCUUCCUAAGAUAAUGCCCUUUUCCAAUGCACUUGGGUGAAAGAAUAAAAUUGGAACUUGUUUAUGCUUGUCAGUUAAGCCGGGGGUGGGGGGUGGGGGUUAAAGCGACUUGUUUAUUUGGCUCUAUUAGACUUGAACUUGGAACAAAGUUGGAAUUCUCAAUUUGUGAAUAUAAUUCUAAGACUUUGGAAAGGGGGAAUGAAACUGUAAUAUUAACGGGGUUUAGUUUUCAAGUGCAUGAUCUGCUUGCUUGUUCUCUUUGAAUCCGCACUGAUUCAUGAAAUAGUUGUUUGGUGAUCCUUCAGGACAUUAAUCUUA